AUGCGAAAAAUACAACGUGCGCUCAUCAGUGUCUACGACAAAACUAACCUCUUAGAGAUAGCCAAUGCCCUCGCACAACGGGGUGUGGAAAUCCUCUCCACCGGCGGCACUGCCCGGCACCUGCGAGACGCUGGAAUUAACAUCCUUGAUGUUUCUGACUACACCGGCUUUCCUGAAAUGCUGGAUGGUAGAGUCAAGACACUCCACCCCAAAAUUCAUGGAGGGCUCCUCGCUGAUCGGGAUAAUGCCGAACACAGUAUCCAAGCGGAGACACACGGCAUUACCGCCAUUGACAUGGUGAUAUGCAAUUUGUAUCCGUUUGAGGCAACCGUCGCCAAGCCCGAUGUAACGCUCCCCGAAGCGAUUGAGAACAUUGACAUCGGGGGUCCGACGAUGAUUCGCGCCGCCGCAAAAAAUUAUAAGCAUGUUGCUGUCCUCACAGAGGCAAGCCAAUACUCCCAAAUUAUCGCCGAUUUAGAUGCAAACGACGGUUGCCUUUCGGAAGAGAGGCGAUUUGAACUCGCAAAAAAGGCGUUUGCCCAUACCGCACAAUAUGACACCGCAAUCGCCGCCUAUCUCGCUAACGUAGAUUCACAACCGGACGAAUUCGCCACUGACCUGACGCUCCGUUUCAAGAAGGAGUGUACACUGCGCUAUGGCGAAAACCCGCAUCAACGCGCUGCUUUCUACAAAACUAAAACCCGCCCAGGCGCGUCCGCCGCGUGGGCAAACCAACUCAGUGGACAGCCACUCUCCUUCAAUAACCUCCUCGAUUUAGAGGCUGCCUUAGAGAUUGUUAAGGACUUCGAGACUCCUACUUGCGCCAUCAUCAAACAUAAUAACCCGUGUGGACUUGCGACGGCUGACAACCUGCAAGAUGCCUUCGCGAACGCAUUGGAAUGCGAUCGGACCUCUGCCUUCGGUUCGAUCGUCGGGUUAAAUCGGAGAGUGACAAUCCAAACCGCAAAUAUCAUUCGCGAAGCCGCAAGCGCGGGUGUGAAAAUUGACGCAAUUAUCGCACCAAGUUAUACCGAAAAGGCACUGCAAGCAUUGUCUCGUGUUAAACGCCGACCGAUUCUUGAAGCUGGAUCGUUCUCGACUGAGGAACCUGUCUUGCAGAUUCGCAAUAUUACCGGUGGUAUGCUGGUCCAAGACCCAGAUGUCCACGACUUAGAUGCUAACGAUUUAGAGGUGGUAACCUCUCGUGCGCCAACGGAAGCAGAGACAGAAUCCCUCCUUUUUGCGUGGAAAGCAUGCAAACAUGUCAAAUCGAAUUGCAUCCUGCUUGCCAACGGCCCGCAAAGCGUCGGUAUUGGCGCGGGUCAGAUGAGUCGAGUGGAUGCGGCUAUUAUCGCUAUCCGGAAGGCGGGUGAAAAGGCAAAGGGAGCAGUGUUAGCCUCAGAUGCCUACUUCCCAUUCCCUGACGGUGUCGAGAUUGCCGGUGAGGCGGGCAUCAGUGCCAUCAUUCAACCCGGUGGUUCCGUCAAUGACGCUCCUGUAAUUGAGACGGCGGACGCUUACGGCAUGGCGAUGGUGCUGACAGGCGUCCGACAUUUCCGGCAUUAG